AUGCUCCAUCAUAAGCCUGGUGAUGAUCCCAAUAACACAUCCUUUUCAUCAACGACAACACGAGAGGCUUCAUAUCCGAAUAGACAAGCAGAGAUUGAAGCACUCAAAUCACCUUUUAGUACAAAACCCGUAACGUUGGAAGAGGUGGAGAAGGAAGUUUUAGCACAAGGUGUAUUUGAUAAUUGGUGCGACCGUUUGUUUUCAGAGUUUGAUAAAUCGGAAUUGAAAAAAUCCCUCCUAAAUGACGUUUCUUCUCUUUUAGAAAAUAUUCUCAAUAAUAACCAAAGUUCCAGAGAAAUACCCUCUGUGCAAGAAUUGCUAACUCAAAUUGAUCGACAUGAAGACAUUCAAAGAAAAUUACAAUGUUGGAUUCACAGAAAUCUAUAUCCACAUAACAGAAAUGCACCAAACAACAGACGUGAUAUUAUUCCAGAAAUUGCAACAGAAAUUGAGAACACCAUUGAUGACACAAUUCGAGAAUUGCAAGAAAAUGCUUUUUCAGCAACUGAGAAAAAGAUAAAAAGCUUGGAAAGGAGGGAGAGAUUGGAACAAAAAGCUUCAAAUUAUAAAAAUCUUACUGAGGAAUUAACAAAAGGAGGAGAAAAAGUUUUGGACGAAGAACAACUAAGUGGACUAGUUCAUGCUAAGCUGAAGAGAAAAGAAAUGUCAUCUAAGGAUGUUUGGGAUGACGAGGAGGUCGAACUUUCUGUAGAGCAUACCAAAUUCAUAACACACGACUCGAAUGUGAAUGAGGAAUUAUUUCCAAUGAAGAAACGAAAAUUUACCAACCUCAAUACCGCCACAGCUGCUUCAUCAACAACAACAAACAACACGGACAAUGAAAUUAAAAAAGAAUAA